AUGCCAGCCCGCGCCCCUCCUCGCUGCUUGCCGCGGCUGCUGCUGCUCCGUCUGCUGUCGCUGCAUCUGUUGCUGCUCGCCCUGCGCGCCCGCUGCCUGCGCGCUGAGCCGGGUCAGGGCGCUCAGACCUGGGCUCGCUUCGCGCGCCCUCCUUCUCCCGAGGCCGCUGGCCUCCUCCACGACACUUUCCCCGACGGCUUCCUCUGGGCGGUGGGCAGCGCCGCCUACCAGACCGAGGGUGGCUGGCGACAGCACGGUAAAGGUGCGUCCAUCUGGGACACGUUCACCCAUCACCCCCCGGUCUCCCUGAGCGACUCCGCGACCGCUGUGGCACCGUCGGGUGCCCCGUGGCCUCCUCUGCCUUCCACUGGAGAUGUGGCCAGCGACAGUUACAACAACGUCUACCGCGACACGGAGGGGCUGAGAGAGCUGGGGGUCACUCACUACCGCUUUUCCAUCUCGUGGGCACGGGUGCUUCCCAAUGGCACCGCGGGCACCCCUAACCGCGAGGGGCUGCGCUACUACCGGCGACUGCUGGAGCGGCUGCGGGAGCUGGGCGUGCAGCCGGUGGUCACCCUGUACCACUGGGACCUGCCGCAGCGCCUGCAGGACGCCUAUGGCGGCUGGGCCAAUCGCGCUCUGGCUGACCACUUCAGGGAUUAUGCCGAGCUCUGCUUUCGCCACUUCGGUGGCCAGGUCAAGUACUGGAUCACCAUUGACAACCCGUACGUGGUGGCCUGGCACGGGUACGCCACUGGGCGCCUGGCCCCAGGCGUGCGGGGCAGCUCCAGGCUCGGGUACUUGGUUGCGCACAACCUACUUCUGGCUCAUGCCAAAAUCUGGCAUCUCUACAAUACCUCCUUCCGCCCUACUCAGGGAGGCCAGGUGUCUAUUGCCUUAAGUUCUCACUGGAUCAGCCCUCGAAGAAUGACCGACCUUAACAUCAGAGAAUGCCAGAAGUCUCUGGACUUUGUGCUAGGCUGGUUUGCCAAACCCAUAUUUAUUGAUGGGGACUACCCAGAGAGCAUGAAGAGCAACCUCUCCUCCCUUCUGCCUGAUUUUACCGAAUCUGAGAAGAAGUUCAUCAGGGGAACCGCUGACUUUUUUGCUCUUUCAUUUGGACCAACGUUGAGUUUUCAACUAUUGGACCCUCACAUGAAGUUCCGUCAACUAGAAUCCCCCAGCCUCAGGCAGCUCCUGUCUUGGAUAGAUCUGGAAUAUAACCACCCUCAAAUAUUUAUUGUGGAAAACGGUUGGUUUGUCUCAGGGACCACAAAAAGAGAUGAUGCCAAAUACAUGUAUUACCUCAAGAAGUUCAUAAUGGAAACUUUAAAAGCCAUCAGGCUGGAUGGGGUCCACGUCAUUGGGUACACCGCGUGGUCCCUCAUGGAUGGUUUCGAGUGGCACAGGGGCUACAGCAUCCGACGUGGACUCUUCUAUGUCGACUUUCUGAGUCAAGACAAGAUGCUGUUGCCGAAGUCUUCAGCCUUGUUCUACCAAAAGCUGAUAGAGAACAAUGGUUUCCCUCCUUUGCCUGAAAACCAACCCCUAGAAGGGACAUUUCCCUGUGGCUUUGCUUGGGGAGUUGCUGAUAACCACAUCCAAGUGGACACCACUCUCUCCCAGUUUACUGAUCCGAACAUCUACCUGUGGGACGUGCAUCACAGUAAGAGGCUUAUUAAAGUGGACGGGGUGGUAGGCAAGAAGAGAAAACCCUACUGUGUUGAUUUCUCCGCCAUCCGGCCUCAGAUAGCCUUACUUAGAGAAGUUCAUGUCACCCACUAUCGCUUCUCCCUGGACUGGGCCCUGAUCUUGCCUCUGGGUAAUCAGACCCAAGUGAACCGCACGGUUCUGCAUUUCUACCGCUGCGUGAUCGGUGAGCUGGUGCGUGCCAACAUCACUCCGGUGGUGGCCCUGUGGCAACCAGCAGCCCCACACGAAGGCCUGCCACAUGCCCUGGCCAAACAUGGGGCCUGGGAGAACCCGUACACCGCCCUGGCGUUUGCAGACUAUGCGGACUUGUGCUUUAAGGAGCUGGGCCACCGGGUCAAAUUCUGGAUCACCAUAAACGAGCCCAACACACGGAACAUGACCUACCGUGCUGGGCAUCACCUCCUGAAAGCGCACGCCUUGGCUUGGCGUCUGUAUGAUGAGAAGUUUAGGGCAGCUCAGAAAGGUAAAAUAUCCAUUGCCCUACAGGCCGACUGGAUAGAACCGGCCUGCUCUUUCUCUCAAAAGGACAAAGAAGUGGCCGAGAGAGUUUUGGAAUUUGAUAUUGGCUGGCUAGCAGAGCCCAUUUUCGGUUCCGGAGAUUAUCCACGUGUGAUGAGAGACUGGCUGAACCAAAAAAACCAUUUCCUUUUGCCCUAUUUCACUGAAGACGAAGAGAAGCUAAUCCGGGGCUCCUUUGACUUCCUGGCGUUGAGUCAUUAUACCACCGUUCUUGUAGACUGGGAAAAGGAGGACCCGAUAAAAUACAACGACUACCUGGAUGUGCAGGAGAUGACUGACAUCACGUGGCUCAACUCUCCCAGUCAGGUGGCCGUGGUGCCUUGGGGGCUGCGCAAAGUACUCAACUGGGUGAAGUUCAAAUACGGAGACGUCCCCACCUAUGUGACAGCCAAUGGCAUAGAUGACGAUCCCCACGCCGAGCAAGACGCCCUGAGGACGUAUUAUUUUGAGAACUACGUGAAUGAGGCCCUGAAAGCCUACGUGUUGGACGGAAUCAACCUCCGUGGCUACUUUGCUUAUUCGCUGAAUGAUCGUUCAGCUCCAAAGUUUGGCUUUUAUCGAUACGCUGUGAAUCAGUUUGAGCCCAAACCAUCUAUGAGACAUUAUAGGAAAAUUGUCGACAACAAUGGCUUUCUGGGGUCUGAAACACAGGGAAGGCUUUGUCCAGAGGAGUACACCGUGUGCACCGAGUGCAGCAUUUUUCACACCCGGAAGUCUUUAUUAGUCUUCAUCGCGUUUCUGGUUUUUGCUUUUAUCAUUUCUCUCUCUCUUAUUUUUUACUACUCCAAAAAAGGCAGGAGAAGUUAUAAGUAGUGCAAAUGUCUUCCUGGCUGUUUGCUUUGGGAUCAUUACGCACAUGCAUCAGCUGUUAGCCAUUUGUACUUCUUGUGUUGUGAAGACAUCUUGCAUAUAUUUGGAUUCUAGAAAACUUUUUUUGUCACAGAUGGCAGAAGCUUUGUAACAGAUACUGGUGACUGUAAAAUAAUGGUAAGAUGAAUAGUACCUGAAUUUGCCCUCGUUGGGGAAGAGUACCUGAAUUUGCCCUCGUUGGGGAAGAGUACCUGAAUUUGCCCUCGUUGGGGAAGAGUACCUGAAUUUGCCCUCGUUGGGGAAGAGUACCUGAAUUUGCCCUCGUUGGGGUGACUAUGCAACUGUGCUCUCCACAGUUUCUACAGUCCCGCUAAGGAAGACAGGAAGCAUGGUGCCAACUGGACAGAAGCUUGAAGAUCAACAUUAGGAACACAGAUGAGAAUCUGCCUGUGCCCAUUUUUAAGUUUCACGCUUUUGGAAGUAACAAUCUCAAUUGCCAUGGUACCUAAGAGCUGUCCUGAUCCAUUUUCAUGAGGCAGCGAUGAGAGAAUGUAUGGUAGAGAUGGUCAGGAGUCCCUUGGCUGUAACAGCCCUUUUAAGAGCAGUGUUUUUAUCAAUGCAGCUAAGAUUAAUUUAUGAAUAUCCUCAGAGAGCACAUUAUGGAGACUUACAUUGCUGUGUGUGUUUUUGAGGUGCCCUCUAAACGCCAGAUCCUUGAGGUCUCUCUCUUACUGUCUGUCCUUUGACAGCCUGCCUGUUGGAGAAUUUUUUUUGAUAAAUGUUCACAAAAAAUAAAGAUGAGUCAUGAGCUGCUGGCCUGUUUGGGAAACUGACUGUGGAAUUUAUUGCACCGAGGUGGUUCUAGGAAGAAAAAAGGAGGGAAUUUUUUUCAUCUUCUUUUUUUAAUGAGCAACAUGAGUGAUUUGAUUGAACAUCCUUUUAUCUUUGAGCAGACCUUGGAAUGAAUGAAAUGACCUUUCACACAUGAAGAAAGAUGAACUCUCACUCAACCUGUGAAGAAUGUCUCUGUUGCAUUCUUCAGAAUACUCCGUCACUGCUUCGACACAAUAGUUUUCAAACUUCAUAGGAGAUCCAAGCACAGUCCAGUAUGAACACACUGGAAAUCUGUCUUUGUGGUCACCGGGAGCUGCUCUGUGCUUCUGUGCCUGUGAAUGAGCUUUGAACUAGCCCCACUCAGAGCUUUGACACUAACCAUGCUAUUGAUUUCUAUCGAAAGGGCUAAUUGGGUCUUCUCCUUCAACACCCUCUACCCUAAGUCUUACUGAGUCCCACAUAGGGAAGUUUUCUUGCUACACCUGAGUGGUCUUAGAGAUAAGCCUAUACCAGACAGGCAAGAUAAGCCAGGGUCACAAUACCUAACUCAUUACUGUGUCAUACUUCAUCUUGUGAUGCGGUAUGGUUUUCCUCAUGAACAAUCGGCUUUUGCUGUGGUGUUCUUUAUACAACUGGACUUGUUACUGAAAUCAAAUGUUAUAGAAUCAAUAGUUUAUUUUAUGUGUCUAUUUUUGAUUACAGAGUAAUAUAUAUUAAUUGUAAAAAUUUAAAAGACAAAAACUAUAUAUAAAGAAAAAAGAUCACCUCUAAUACAAUACAGAGACACCACUGACAGUUCCUAUGUGCUGUGUUUUAUGUAGUCAUAUCAUGUUAUACAUAGGUAUACAUCUUCUUUAUUCAUUUGUAUUAAAUACUUUUUCUGUCAUUAGUUUCCUAGAGCAAAUUUUUAAUGGUUAUGGAAAAUAUUGUUAGACUAGCUCAAAAAAGUUUCAUUUGUUAGGCCAAUUUUCCAUUAAUCAGUUCAAUAAUAAAUAUCAUUUAAAAACA